CACGAAUGUACGACGAACCCUGUUUGCUUAACCCCGCAUAUGCAAAUAUUCGCUGGAGAGAUCUACGUGUAUGGUUAUUUUUCUCGACUUUUCUGGCUUCUCAGAACAUUUGUGCCAGCAUCGAUGUGCCCCGUCCCUGCCUGCGCUGACGGCCCCCUCUGCCUUGUCCCAUACACUGGCCCAUGCAUACACCGUGUACACCUCAUCGCACUCUAAUCCCAGCCCUCGCAACCGCUAGGCACGAUCGCGAUUAGCAUCUCACGCGCUCCUACUCGUCUUUUUGUCCACUCUCUCUCUCGCACUUCCGCAUCCCACCCCUGCCCAGGCAACCAACUCGCCCCCGUACGGCGACAUGUCCAACUUUCCUCACAGCGCCGCCAUCGCUACAUCCCUCUCCACCUCUCCCUACGCCGUCCAGUCCAAUCUCGAAACCCUCAUCAACCGUUCACGCACCCACCCCCACCCCCACCGCGUCUCUGGAGGCGACCUCGAGCCUCCUUUCCCCACUGUCCUCGUCCACGACCACGAAGAAGCCGCCUCUGCCACUCCCGCCCGGCGCCGGCCUUCAAACACCAGCCACGCCCCACGCGUGGGUACCAUUCAGGAGGGCUCCUACGAGGACGCGCUCAUCUUCCAAGACGACGAUGAUCACAAUGACGAGCAAUCAAAGCUCCUGCCGCAAGACUGGAAAACACGCCGCGGGUCACGUCAAAGCCGCAGGUCAUAUGGUGCCACGAGCGCUCCACUGGGCGCAUUCACAGAGUCUACCAGGCGACACCGAUCUAUGGACAAUUUUAGCGUCGGCACCAGUCGCUCUCGAUCCAAAGCACGCACGCCCCCUCGUCACGAAGUUGAACACUUGCGCAAAGAAGGCGAAAGCUCUUCCGAUGACGACUCGAGCUCCUCCCGUCGAGGCCGCACACACAUCUCGCGUCCCCUCUCUCGGGCCUCCUUGUCUUCUCGCCGAUACAGCACCACGGUCAGGCUCGGGGACGAAUCUUCUGGCGACGAAGGCGGCGAUCUGGCGAGGGGGUUGCUGGCGACCGGUGGUCACGCAGUGUUUGCCGGCAGCGGCAGGGUGGGCGAGCUCACCACCAUGGAUCUUGACCCUGUGAUGGAGUUGGAUGCAGUAGACCUCGAAGUUCCUGUCGAUCAAGAUGGCAAAGAAGUCCGAGAAUGGCAGGCGGCUAUCAAGGCUGAAUUCCCAGUCAUCUUGCGUCUUGCCCUGCCCGUAUUCUUUACCCAGAUGGCCGAGUGGUCUUUGGUUCUUGCUUCCGUCGUUUCCAUCGGUCAUCUGGGUACCGCUGACUUGGCCGCUUCUUCCCUUGCUUCCAUGACUGCUUCCGUGUCGUGCUUCUCUAUCCUGCAGGGUUUAGCCACUGCCCGUAAGCAGCCUUUGCGUCAUGAGAAUUCUGCUAAUAUAGUGUUGUUGCCAGUGGACACUCUCUUGCCAGCGGCCUGGACCUCUUCAGACCCAUCUCGGGUUGGUCUGUGGACUCAGAGGAUGUUUGUCGUCAUGGGUUUCGCCAUGAUUCCCAUGUAUGUCCUCUGGUGGAACAUUACGCCCAUUCUUAUCCAGCUCGGUCAAGAGCCCGAUGUUGCUCAACUCGCAGGAACUUAUCUGCGAUGGCUGUCUAUUGGUAUCCCCGGGUAUGGCGGGAAUAUGCUCGUCAAAAAGUAUUUGCAGGCGCAAAACUUGAUGCAUGUUCCCACAUACACCUUGUUCAUUGUCGCCCCGCUCAACUUGUUCCUCAAUUGGCUUCUUGUCUGGGGCCCCGAGCCCGUCCGACUUGGUUUCGCCGGUGGCGCUCUGUCCACUGCUCUGGCCUACAACUCUGCUUUCCUCAUCUCCCUUCUCUGGGUCAUCUUUUACGGCCCUCGCGAAGCCUUCCACCCCAUUCGCUUCAAGUAUGCCUUCUCCAAGCUCGGCACGUGUACCUCGCUCGGUCUUGCAGGUACCAUCAUGCUCUCUUCCGAGUGGUGGGCUUGGGAAGCGUGUGCUUUGGCUGCAUCUAUCCUUGGGCCAGUGACCUUGGCGGCACAGUCAGUAUUGUUGUCGACUGCUUCCACCUUUUUCCAAGUCCCGGCCUCCCUUGGUAUCGCAUCUGCCGUUAGAGUCGGGAAUCUUUUGGGUGCUGGCAGAGCUUGGGAGGCCAAGUGGGCCAGUCGAGCUUGUUUGAUCUUGAGCAUCACCUUUGCAUUCCUCAACAGCUCUCUUUGUAUCAUCUUUAGGAAAAAUUGGGGGUACAUGUUCAACAACGACCCCGAGGUCGUCGGACUUGUAGCCUCCAUCAUGCCCUACAUUGCUCUCUUCCAAAUCGCCGACGGUGUAGCCGCCACAGCAGGCUCCGUUCUCCGAUCCCUUGGCCUCCACGCUACCGGUGCUCUGAUCAACCUCACUUCCUACUACAUCAUCGGUCUUCCCUUUGGUCUUUGGCUCGCAUUCACGCCCACGCUCGAACUGGGUCUGAUUGGUCUCUGGGUCGGCCUCAGUGUGGCCUUGUUGUAUGCCAGUCUGCUCAGUGCGCUGUUGGUUUGGAGGGCAAACUGGCCGAGGGCAGUGGAGAGAGUGAGGGAGCGGCUGGGGUUGGAAACGCAUGGCCAAGUUGGAGCCGAUGGCAAGUGGGAUAGGAACGAGGAGCAUGAGGAAGUCGGGGAAGAGACUAGGUUGUUGGAGUGAAGAGUUUCUGUGCUUGUUCAACACCUCAGCAUAAUAUCAACAUAAAUCAUUAACGACUCUGUCAUCAUAGAAAUUGUCCAUCUUUCGUUCAUCAUAUGCAAAUUGUACCUACUGUAGACAUUCAAGUUGGUUUGACUCGCCUCGUCGCAUCUUGUUCAAGACCCUUGUGGCGCUUUCCCAUGUAUGUAUUUUCGGCAUGAUAGUCACCUU